AUGGCCUCGUCACUAUCCCAUCACGCUCGGGUGCUCUUACCCGACAUUAUCGAAGACCGUAGCAGGUCGGAUCCUAACAGAGUGUGGGCCAUAUGUCCCGUGGCCGAAAAAGAGAACCCUGGCGGUCUCCCCAGCCAACGCCAGUUUGAAUACCGGACAGUGACUUAUGGCGAGUUUUCCAAUGCCAUAAACCACGUAGCGUGCAUUAUGAAGGAGUUCCUGGGAGAAGGCUCGUGCUUCGAGACACCGGCAUACAUUGGCCCUACCAACCUACGCUAUUCCAUAGUUACCGUCGCUGCUAUCAAGGCAGGGUACAAGAUAUUCUUGCCAUCGCCACGCAAUAGCGCCUCGACGUGCUGCUCCCUUCUAACCCAGAUUAACUGCAGGGUUCUCAUCACGACAGAUCCGGAACCGCCGUCGAUCUCGAGCAUCACUAAGAACUAUGUCAUGAUCAAGCUCAAUAUCCCAAGUCUUCGGGAUCCCCUAGAUGAUCAGAGCCCCAGGGCCUACAAGUGCAUUGAUCAGUCGCCAUAUGACCCUAUAUUUGUCCUCCACACUUUGGGUUCUACAGGCGAUCCCAAACCCGUUGUUUAUACACAUGAGUUUGUUAGCCGCCUUGUGCUGGGCGCUUCACUCGGUGUAGACGCAGGGGAAGACUCGACUGCCUUAUGCCGUCUCUACAACACUGGACAGUUUUACUGCAUGCUACCCCCUUUUCACGCCUUAUUAACACCCAAUGUUAUCGCGGAUCUCGCCCAGCGGCCUGCGUCGCUAAAGACCGUCUCCACGAAAGUCAAGUAUCUCAUGUAUACUGGAGGAAGUGUUCCGCAGUGGGCUGUACACCCAUGCUUUGGUGCCGAACCUUUCCCUCACGACAAUAAGGUAUGCGAAUUGGGCAUUGUCAGACAGUCAGAGGGAGAAUGCUACCAGCCUGUCUUGCUGUUUGAAGGCUAUUGGGUUUGUCUUUUCACCAUUGAGGAAGACAAUGAUAUCAUCCGCACGGCCACAAGUGAAAUCAACGCCCACCCCGAAGUUCGUCACGCAUUGCUAGCUGGCUAUCAGCAAGAGCAGACUAUCCUCUUGAUCGAGCCGGAAAGUCAAGGCACCUUUACGUCGGAACAGAAGCCCAUGCCAGAGUCUCUAAGAAAUCGAAUCUUACUCGCUGACCCGCCCAAACAAUUCGUCCGCACUGGGAAAGGAACGGUUCAAAGACAAGCAACCUGGAAAUUAUUCGCCGCAGACAUAGCGUCUAUGGCCCUUGCCAAGAAAGAAACAGUUCAGGGGCCAGCAAGACAAGGCACCGACCACCUGGAUCUAGAAGUCGUGAAGUGGACAAUCAGCGACGCUCUGACGGAUACCGUGAAGCGGGAGACGAUAGCAGAUGAUGUCGACUACUUUUCCCGGGGGUUGGAUUCCCUACACAUUACCCAAUUGUGCAGGAAGCUCCAGUCUACGAUAUCGCUGCCCUAUCUAAAAGUGGACGACAUAUACUCCAAUCCCACAACAACCCUUCUGGCGGAGAGGAUAGUCAGCACUGCACCAACUGAAAGACCCCCAAACAACCCAGACAGAGAACGUCUCAGAGCCAUACAGGCCUACUUAGAUCAGUACAGCACCAAGGUCGACCAGAUUGCUCUGGAUGCCUCUAUUACCAACACCAAGGAAUCCCUAGCGCUCUCCUCGAGAAGCGUUAUUGUCCUCACAGGGUCAAGCGGCUCGAUUAGAUCUCAUUUAUUAGAUCUACUAUUACAGGAUCCACUCGUCACCCACGUCUACUACUUAAACCACAGAAUCCAGUCUGAACCAACCAACGGGACGCAAAGUACGGAGCCGUCUCUGUUUGAUAAAUCAAAAAUUACAUUCCUCCAUGCGGAUCUUUCCCGCUACAAACUGGGUCUCAGUGAUGCCAUAUAUGAUAAACUACGGAAUAGCGCUACCCUCAUCCUCCAUACUACUUGGCCAGUUAACUUCAAUCUCUCGCUGAAGGCGUUCGAGUCAAGCUUGGAUAGUAUACUGAAUCUUAUCCGCCUGGUCGUAGGCUCUGCCCGCCGUCCCUCCUUCUUUUUCUUGUCCUCUGUCGCAGCUAUUCUCAACUACCCGCGAAUGAAGAACACUGCAGAGCAAGUUCCUGAAACAGUGAUACCCCAGCCACUGAGUGCAGCCGCCAGUGGGUACAGCGAAAGCAAGUAUGUGGCCGAACGGAUCCUCCAUUACACAUCAGAAAGGUUGCACAUAUCAGUUGGAAUAGAGAGAAUCGGCCAGGUCACUGGACAAGCGCAAGAUGGGCGCGGAUAAAAGAAGAAAGAAU